UAUUGGCAAACGAUCAGCUUCUAGAUUGCAGACGUAACGUUUACAGCAAUAUUUCAUGCAAUUUGCGAGAUUACAACUAUCAUCUGAAUACUAUGAAAUAGUUGAAGAUCAUUGGACAUCAAUUGCGGUAUUGAAUAACAUUUGACAACUGAGAUCGGGCGGUUGGUAGGCCUCCCAAAAAUGAUUGUUUCAAGUCGCCGCACUCCCCCAAACAGCUGGAUGUAUUGUGUUCGUGUUUGGUAAAUUGUGAACGCGGAUUUCACAUGCAAGCUUUGGUAUGAAUCAAAGGUUUAAGAGUGGAUAAGAAUAUUCGUCCUUAUGCCUCUUGGCAAACGGCGUAAAAGUACACAGGGGGACGUAAAUUCGAAAGAAUGCACAGAAAAUCGGAUGACUAUUGACCCCAAAGAUGCAGUGAGCGAAUAUAAAAAUACAAAGGGAGGUAACCAAUGUGUUGAAGGAUCGGGUAAUAAACCGGAAAAUACAGCAGGACCAAGUGAAGGUCGGAAUGGGAAAGUACCGAAACGGAGUGGGGCUGUAACGCGAUCAAAUUCAACAAGAUCGAGAAUCGUUAAAAAACCAAGAAGAGACCUAAGUCCACCUGAAUCUCCUGCGAAAAAAACGGUGAAGGAGAUCAAAAGCAGUACCCCGGAAACAAAGACAAAACGCCAGUGGGAGCUAUGGAGUACAGAGGACAAGGCUACCUUCUUUGAAGGACUGUAUGAGCAUGGCAAAGAUUUUGAUGCAAUUCAAAAUGUGAUUGCUCAGAAAUGCAAGAAAAAAGGAGUGGCGCCACAACUUAUCAAAAACAAAGACCAGGUGCGCCACUUCUAUUACAGAACCUGGCACAAAAUAUCCAAGUUUGUCGACAUCGACAAAGAAACCAAAAAGGAAACCCAAGAGUUGUAUGGCCUGAUCAACUAUGGUGUAUUGUGGAAGAAGCACAAAGCAGCUUUAAAUGAAAAGAAUGGUCUGAAGUUGGAUGAGCUUAUUCACACUGGGUCCACAACUAUAAAGAUCAAAGGAAAGAACUUCAGGAUCAAGACACCAACCUGCAAUGCUUUAAAGAAAAUAAAUAAUAUCGAUGAUCCCAAACCUGAGGAAGAGGCCGGUGUUCAGGUACCAGACAGAAUUUACCUGGACAUCAACCCCAGAACCAACGCAGCCUGGGCCUAUGUUCAGGAGAUGUCCCAAAACCCACGGCUACGUAUGAUGCUAAAACCAGAUAAGAAACUCUCUUCCAUCAUCAAGUUUCUCAGUCAGAAGUGGAAACCACAUACAAUAAAACUUCGGGAGGACCUAGAUGGGGUGUGUCCACAAGACCAGGACCUGACUUUGUUUCCCCACCAGGAAUGUGAUGUGGUGCCUGUGUCCCUGAAGGCCACAAAGGAGCGUAGGAUACCGCUCGCCUUCAACAACUACAAGGAAAACCUGCUUAGCUCACCUUCAGUAACCAAAGGGAAGAAAGGAGACCUUGCUAAAAACCAUACAGAGAACUCGUCAGAGCUGAAUGCUUUGUCUGUGAUAUUUGACUCUCCCCGGUCCAGUAAAGGACAGGCAAAGGACUUACCGGAUCAGGCAGCCUAUAGCUCGUUUGAUGUCAGUGCCAUGGUGAAUGAUGAAAAUGCUAUGUUUCCGGAUAAUAUGAUGUCAAGUGCAGCUGCAAAUAAAGUGUCAGAGACUGCUGCUGGAAGUGAUGCUAAGGAGAAUGUCUGUGAUACGAGGGACACGUCAGUGGGAUCAGCUGAGGACAAUGCCGCAGAGAAAGUAGUAGAGGGUGGAAGUAACGGAGAGGUGAAUCCAGUUGUUAUCGAUAGUGGGGACAGUGAAAAAUCUAGUGAUGAAAAGGAAUAUAUAAUAGAAACCAAAAGAAUGAAGGAGAUUUUAGAGAAGGGUUGGAACACGAAUAUGGCUGACAGUUUGACAGUGGCCGAGUUGUAUCUCAUGUUUGGAAAGGACGGGAAGCUACGUCUGGAGUACGAAUGGGUCACUACACCUGAUGACCAGUUGGCCUCCAAACUGACCAACAUGCUGAGGAGACUGGUACACCUAGCCACUACUGAAUUCACAGACUUCUCUAAGACAUCCAGCAAUUCCAGUUCUCCAUGCCAGACCUGUGGGGCCAGUAAAGCAAAGGGUUCAGGGGGUCGUAAUGCUGCGGGAAGUAAGGGCCAGAAACCCCUGGGAAAGUACCCCCUCCUGUCCAAGAUCGGUGGCGAAGGAUUAGUGGACGUUGGUACCCAGACAACAACCACACUCCAAAAUAAACAAAAUGAAAAUUCUAGUCAAGGCAGCAAAGAUGCUGUUUUCCGUGUGCCAGUCGCAGGUCCGUCCUUUCUACAGAAAAACACAAAGACGAGCGUCAAUCAAAUUUCUCUACACCAGAUGGAACUCUACACGAACACUCACAAGGGACGACGAGUACGGCCUGUCAACAGGAAGCCCAUGGUGGUCCAGAGAACCCUUCUGCCUAAAACCGCACCAAGGCAGAUGCUUACCUUUGUCCCCAUGCCAACCAGUUCUACUGUGACUGCGGUUCAGAGCCCAACAACAAUCAUAGGACAGCCAGUGGGCAUACCAGUCAGCAUACAACCAUCUGGGGUACCGCCAGUUAAUAUACCCAAUACCCAAAUCAGUAACCGUAUUCUACAAAAUGCUACAGCCACUGGAGGGCGGAGCUCCCUCUCAUUACCGACUGGUCUCUCUGCUGCUGCUACCAUUCUGCCAGGAUCACCAGUGUCCUUACAGAACAAUUUGGUGAGUGCUAUGGGUGGGGUGGUAUCCAUGGCAUCCACACCAGUGUUCACAACAAGUACGACAACCCGGGAGUCGGGCUCCAUAGCAUCCACAACGGCGGCAGCCAACAUCAUACACCAUUCCAUAUCACCGCCAAGCAUUUCAUCAUUGCUGGAUAUCUCCUUGUCCAACAUACCCACAAAUAAUGAUAACACUGAGAAACUCCUUGACCUUGCAAUGGAAAACUCGAAUUCCGGUACAAAUAAUUUUGGAGAUCUCCUUAAUGGUGGUAACCAGAGGAAGUACCCCAGUAGUGCUCUGAACACACCAAGGAAGUCUGACAACAUGAACCUGUCCCCGCCGCACAGUCCCAGCCGUUCACUAUGGCCAAGCGAGGACACUGGUGACAUGCUGUUGACACUGCUGGCGGAAUCUCCCCUUAAGAGAACAUCAGACGCAGUAGCUAGUGCCAAUGUGUCCUCGCUAUCAAAUCUCAUCAGUACCAACCUGUUCAAUGAAAACUCUCGAGACUCCCUCAUGGGCCGCUGUGAUAUGGAUGCCUCCUUCCAGUGUAUGUUAAAUGAGAACAGUAUAGACUAUGUUGCCAAGUUUGCUGAACUGGCCAACCACAUCAAUCAGAAUGAAAACACACAGGAUGCCCAACAAAAAGUGCCAAGCAAUUCGUUCAAUUACGACGACAUGGAGGGAAACCUUUUAAAAAACAGUGCUGAAGACUCUAAACUACGGAUAAAUAUCAUACAACAUGAUGGAAGUCGGAAAAUGGAUACCAAUUAAAUGUGAUUUCAUACUGGGAUAUAAUUCUUGUAGACCUUUUAUGUUGUGUUGAUGUUUACUAAGUAUAAACAAGAUAAGUAUUCUUAAGGCAAGAACUUAUUGUAAUAGGACCGAUGUAGAGAAAGUUUGGCUAUGAUCAACUCUAAAUGGAUAUAUUAUUUUGUUGGCAUUUUUUAGAGAUUGUUUGGUCAAAUUAUUGUUGGACAUAUGACAGAAGCAGCUAAAAAGCCAACGUAGAUUUAAAACAUUUCUUAUUUCAUGAUCCUGUCUGCCAUUAGUUUACAGCAAGUUUUGUUAGCCUAUCUUCUACUCCCUUUGGGACACCGUUUAAUCAUGUAAAUCUAUGUUAAAAGUUGUUCUAGCUGCAGGAUCGCGAAACAAUUUGGCAAUUUAUCAAACUACCUGUCAGACAUAUUUGUAGAAAUUUGUUUCAAUUGUUCCAUGGUCCCAAGGUCUGCUUUAGAAGCAGUCAUUGGUAGAAAUCUAUAUGGUGCAAUUUAAGAAAGCUAUUUAAAAAUAGGUUGUAGGCUAUAAGAUAUAGUGUCUAGUGUGUGUCGUGGUAGGCAGGUUAGCAAUGCAAUCCUGCAUCAUGUGUUCUAGGGGAUGCAAAGUUCUAAAUAUGCAUAUACCGGUAGGCAGCUGUAACGGAGUGGUGCAAGAAUGGCCAUUGUUAUAUAUGUUGGUGAAAUACGGCAUGGUUUAACAGCUGUACUUGUUGUUUACAUGUUGAUGUAAUGCUACAAUGGUGUAAUUACUGUACAUGAUGUAUUUGUUACUACACACAUGUUCCAUUGUUGGUUCAUAUUUCUGCAUAAUAUUUUGACUAAAUGACGAGAAACAUGAACGGCUUCCCAUCAUUUUAUAUACAAGAUUGCCAACAUCGUAAUGACAUUGUGCUGCUCUCAGAAUAAGUGUCUUUUAAGACCAUUUUACUUGUAUUUCGGAAUUGUAACAUUUGUUUGGCAAAUCCUAAAUGCACUUGUCAAUAUCAAUGCUACAAGUACUCUGAAUGUUUACUUCUAUGUUAAUCAUUUUGAUAUGUGCUUUUAGGAUUUGCCAACCAACAUACCAGUACAGCAUUUAACAUGUAAUUGGAUAUACUAGCACAAAGCACAGUCCUCAAAGGCUACAGUUUGAUGUAUUUACUAGCCCCAGGGGAACUAAAAUAAAUAUUUCUCUUUUUAGUAUAAUUUGUUGCCAAGUUUGAUGUUCAUCAGAUAAUUCCUAUCCAAUGAAUGAAAAACAAUUUGCAUGUUAACUAUUAAAAUGCAUGCUUAUUUUGGAACUUGACUUUAUUUACCCAAUUGCUUUGUACUGUGAUCAUGGCAUGCUUGAAAGCAUAAACAAUAAUAAAGUCUGAUUUAUAUUUGCAAAUGAUGCUUUUUACAAAUCGUAGGAGAUUUACAUUAGCCUGUCUGUUGCAAAAAAUAGUGACUUUUCUUGAAAUUUAAUUGCUGCAACAAUAUCUUCUAAAUAUUUGUUAAAUUUUCAGUUUUGAGUUUUAUCAUCCCUAGGACGGAUUUAUACAUAUAGUACAUCCAUGUUCUAGCAGAUACUGUUUUUUGUCAGCAUUAUUUGCAAAUGGUAUUUAUCGGGUAUUUUUUUUAACUUAGUUUGUCUUUCAGUUAUGUUUUUUAUUAGGUGUUUUUUUCUCUUCCUUUUCCAUUAAGAUGUUUCUGGGAACAUUUUGCUUAGAUUUAUAUAAAAAAAAAAAGCCAAUAACAAACUUGGGAAUACCUGAAGCAGUGUGGGACAAGUGUAAUGACAAAAUUGUUAUAACAGUAAUACAGAUUAUUUCUUUUUAUAAUCCAACAGAGAAAAAAAUCCAACAGAAAAAAAGGCGAUUUUGGGCUUUCCAUGCAUAUGAUGAAAAUUAAUGGAAUCAAUUUAAUACUCAGUUUGUGAAAUAAAAGGUUUUCAAAUACUUUUUAUCAAUAUUUUUAUGAAGCUUGAUCAAUAUUUAGAUUGUUACACUGUAGUAUUGUGUUAAUAUGUGCAAUAGAUUUUUUACCUUUAUUACUUUGUCAAAGAUGUCAACCUCUGAAACCUUCAAUGAGGGAGAUCUCCCUCAUUCCACAUUUCCGAUGAGUGAGAAAGUGUGUGAAA